CUUGCUGUUAUUUGAGGAAAUAAGUUCAACAUUUUUUGGUUCAUUUUGAAUUUUAAAAUGAUAUUCAAAGUAAUUGCCAUAUCACUUGUGGUGAUGUCAUCAAUGACAACUGCUUAUGAUAUCUUAGUUGUUGCACCGAUUCCCUAUCAAUCGCAUUGGAUUUUAAUGGAAAGAAUCAUUAAGCAGUUAAUAGAUCGUGGACAUUCUGUGACAACAGUUUCUCCAUUUAAAUAUAGAAGUGAUGACUACAAGAAUGAAAAUUUGAAAGAAUAUUUGAUUCCAAAAUACAAAAUUGAAGACUUAUUUUCUUCAAAAGAUGUGUUCACCGGAAAGUACGAAAGUGACAUCAGCUAUAUUCAAGCACAAUACAAAAUUGGCCUUGCAUUAUCAGAACACACCUUGAAUCAACCAGAUGUUAAAAAGCUCAUCAAUAGAAAUGAUUAUAAAUUUGAUGUUAUUUUAGCUGAUAACAAUCAUCUCGAAUCACUUUACAUGUUGGCAUAUAAAUAUGACUGCCCUUUAAUCACAAUAGAUGUCAAUGGAAUUAGUCAUUCUGUAGAUGAAGCAAUGGGAGUCUUAACUCCUUAUUCUUUCAUUCCACAUCCAGUUUCCAAAUAUGAAAAUAAUAUGACAUAUAUUCAACGAUGUUAUAAUACAUUAUUACAUCUUUUUGAAGCAGCAGUUCGCAAAUUUUCUUACAUUCCAGCACAAGAUAGAUUGGCAAAAAAAUAUUUUCAUGAUGGUAUUAAAGGAAACGUGCCUCAUAUACAAGACGUCAUUAAAAAUAUUUCUGUAGUGUUGUCUAAUAGCUUUCGAGUAGCACAAAAGCGACCGAAAAUGGCAUCCCAAAUCGAUAUUGGUUCUGCACAUAUUAGAGAUACUUACUCUUUGCCUACUGAUUUGAAAGAAAUCCUUUCGAAUUCCCCCAGCAGUGUAAUUUACUUUUCUCUCGGUUCGUACUUAAAGCCUUCCGAAAUGCCCAAAGAAAAACUCGAUGAAAUCGUUAAAGCUUUUGGUAAAAUUAAGAAAACAAUUUUAUGGCAAUAUGAUGGAGAUAUUCCUGCGGGACUACCAGACAACAUUAUAAUGCAAAAAUGGUUUCCACAAAAUGAUUUAUUAGGAAAUAAAAAAGUUGUACUUUUCAUCACACAAGGUGGGACUUUAAGUUAUCAAGAAGCUAUAUCAAAUUUCGUUCCAAUGUUAAUAAUUCCAUUUACUGGAGAACAAUACAGAAAUGCUCUUCAAGCUGAACGUGGACAUUACGGAGAACUGCUUCUAUUUGAUGAUCUCAAUGAAGAAACUUUAAUUCAAAAGAUUAAACAGAUUACCGAAGAUAAUACAUAUUUUACAAAUAUUGGAAAGACAAGUUCAAAACUUUUAGAUUAUCCCAUGGAGCCAGUGAAGGAAGCUGUAUUUUGGAUACAACAUGUUUGCAAACACAAAGGAAUUGAAAAAUCACCAUCAGUUAAUAUGAGUUGGAUUUCAUAUUAUAAUUUAGAUGUUGCUGCUUUAUACGUUGCAAUCUUACUGAUUUGUAUAUUAUUCUGGGUACUUACAAUAAAACUCAUCGUACGUCGUUAUCGUAAGAGAGAGCAAAGAGGAAAAUUUAAAUACUAUUGAGUGGAAAGUCAAGAAUACUUGUAUAAAUGCUUGAUAAGACUAAAUAUUGUUCGUAAUAAAAAUUUUCAUAAAUAAUUGAGCAGC